CUUCAUAUUAGUCACCAACACCCACUAAUUCUAGUGGAUGAUACAAAACCGUCAUCCUCUUCAAGAAUAAAAUCUCUAUCAUAUCAUAACCCAAUGAAAAAAAUUCAACUUUUGUGCAAUGGAUGUUUAAGACCGAUUGUAAACUCACCGUUUUACACAUGUGCCAACGAGGAGGAGGAUGAGUUGUGCAACAGCUUUGUACUCCAUGAAUGGUGCACCCGACUGCCCUGUCGCUGUGGAAGACCACCCGGAUCACCCACAACAUACCCUUGUUUAUUUCUCAAAUGUCCCUGAUAAGUUUUUUGGUGUGUUUUGGUGUGAUGUACGCUACUUACCAUGCAAUGGAUUUGCCUACAGCUGUGUCCAAUGUCAAUACCAUAUUGAUGUCAAUUGUGCAUUCAUACCCAAAGAAAUCACUCAUAAUGCUCACCCAAAUCACCUCUUUUCGAUAGCAGACAAACAUGAACAUUUUAAUACUUGUCGUAUGUGCUCAAGUAUGAUCUUUGGUCGAUUUUCAUUGAGAUGUCAAACUUGCGAUAUUCAUAUACAUCCCAAAUGUGCUUUGUUACUAAAUCAAACAAUUACACACAAGUGUGACACGCACCCUAUGAAGUUGAGUUACUAUCCUGCUGAAAACCAUAAGGGUGAAUACUUCUGUGAAAUUUGCGAGGAGGAAUUAAAUCCUGAGAUGCCAUUCUAUCAUUGCCAUGAGUGUCACCAAUCUAUACAUCCACCUUGUGCUCCGUCAAUACGUCAGAGCGAGACACAUUACUAUUUGCCUUUUGCCUACAAUUGGACAUUCGUUUUUGAGUAUUUGAAUAUAAAGUUCGGGGGAAUUUAUAAGACUCAAAAUCAUCCGCAUCCUCUUUCAUUCGCUCAAGGUAUUGCUACUGAUGGUACAUGCGCAAACUGUCGUAAGAGAUUGCAGUAUGAGAUGAUCUUCAAGUGUCAACAAUGUGAUCAGCUUGCAAUUCAUUACGAUUGUCAUAAAACUUUACCCGACUGGUGAAUUUGUUGUUGGGUUUGUUUUCCACAAGUUGGAAACUAGCAUAAUCAUCUGCCUAGUAAGUGUAACCGUGUAUAUCAGUAUAUGCAAUCCCAAAUAAGUCGAGCAAUUUAAAUAAUGCUCAUCAAUACUAUCGUUUGAAUUCUCAAUCAAUUGAAAUAA